GACACCUCCAAUUCUGAGCAGAUGGAUAAGAAAGAAAGAAAAGAAAGAUUAUCUGAUUUCCAUUUAUAGCCAAUGAUUAAUUAAUCUAUAUUAACAAACGUCCAAACACUUUGCCAUUAUCUAUCCAUACUUGAGUAGUGUGUCUGUAUAUAAACUUUACUACAGAAUCCUAUGAUGCAAGAUUUGAAAAUGGAGAAGAAUGUAAACGUGUGCGUAACUGGUGGUGCAGGCUACUUGGCUUCUUUUCUUGUCAAGCAGCUUUUGGAGAGGGGCUACGUUGUUCAUGCCACACUCCGUAGUCUAGGUGAUGCCUCGAAGGUGGGCUUACUAACGGGGCUUCCUCAUGCAGACACGAGAUUGAAACUUUUCGAAGCUGAUAUAUACAAUCCUGAUGAAUUUGCACCUGCCGUCGACGGUUGUGAAAUCGUGGUUCAUAUGGCCACGCCUUUGCAACACUAUACGAACAGCUCUCAGUACAAGAACACAAGUGAGGCAGCGGUAGCUGGGGCAAAAAUAAUAAUGGAAAGCUGCACGAAAUCCAAUACCGUGAAGAAAGUUAUUUACACCGCCUCUGUAGUAGCAUCUUCGCCCUUAAAAGAAGAUGGCUCCGGAUAUAAAGAUUUCAUGGACGAAACUUGUUGGACCCCUCUCAAUCUCUCGUACGACCAAAUGCUCUCCGACUAUGUACAUUCGAAGACGUUGGCUGAGAAAGAAGUGUUGAGUUACGACGGGAAAAACGGGGUGGAAGUUGUGAGCCUGGCUUGUGGGCUUGUGGGAGGUGAUACUAUUCAGUCUUCGGUGUCGGAGAGCAUGGGUGCCCUUAUUUCGCAAGGUACAAACGAUGGAUCGAGGUACAAAAUUUUGAGGUUUUUGGAGGAAUUGUUGGGGAAAGUGCCUAUUGUACACACUCGAGAUGUGAUUGAAGCACACAUCUUCUCGAUGGAGAAUUCUAACGUACAUGGGAGGUUUCUAUGUGCUAGUGAUUUCUUGAAAUCGGCUGAGAUUGCAUCUUUGAUUCGGAAAAAUCGACCAAACAUAAGCAUCCAUCAAGAGUUCAUUGAAGAUACAGAGAGAGAAACUAGGUGGGGUUCAAGAAAGCUGGAGGAUUUGGGAUUUUGCUACAAAUUUGAUUCUCAAAAGAUAAUAGAUGAUUGUCUUCUCUGUGCUCAGAGAUUGGGUGACAUCAUCUUGUGAAUUUCUGUUAUAUAUAUAUAUAUAUAUAUAUAUAUAUAUAUCACUUAUUAUAUUUUAUGAUAUAAGUUAUAACAUUGUAGGUUGAAGAACUACUUUAGAGGCUAUUUAUUGGCUUUAAUUUAUAUAAAUUACAAGAAAAAUAAUACAAAAUGAUUUCACAAUAUUUUUUUUCUUAGAAAAAUAAUAAUUGAUGAAAGGUACAAAUAUGUAAAACCAGACAAUUACACUUGUAAUAAAGUUACUAUGACAAAAACAGAGCUGAUUACAUUACAGAGUACUAAAAAAAA